UGUCCCUUUCCCUGUGGCAUCUCACGGGCAGCAACACAGCACUCGGCAGCCACACACUUCUCGCUCCUGCGCUAUGGCCAACCGGGCGCCGCCAUUCCUCGCGGACCGCGAGACGCCGUCCAUCGCUCGCCGCCAUGGCAUGGAGCAGCAGCUGGAAGAGGGUACAGAAGGCAUCCUCGCCCACAUCCUCUGCACCAUCCCUGGCCCGCCCGUCUCCGCCGACGCCCACCUCUGCAUCCUCCUCGACUCCGACGGCGGCGGCGUCGACCGCGUCAGCCUCCUCCCCGACGCGCUCCUCCGCGACAUCGUCUCGCGCCUCCCCAUCAAGGACGCCGCCCGCACCGCCGCGCUCUCCCGCCGCUGGCGCCCCAUCUGGCUCUCCACCCCGCUCGUCCUCGACGACACCCACCUCCUCCCGGCGGGCCGCGACGAGAUCCCGAGGCACGUCGAGGUCGCCCAAUCGAGCGCCGUCGCCGCCGCCGUUUCCCACAUCCUCGCCACGCACCCGGGCCCCUUCCGCUGCAUCCGCCUCGCGUGCUGCCACAUGGACGAGGACCACGGCCGGGUCGCACGCUGGCUCCAGCUCCUCGCCGUCAAGGGCGUCCAGGAGCUCUUCCUCAUCAACCGCUGCCUGUCUCCGUUCACCAUCACCACGCACAUGCCCGCCACGUUCUUCAGCAUAGCCACGCUCACCCGCCUCUACCUCGGCUUCUGGAGGUUCCCCGACACGGCAGACCUCCCGCGCGGCGCCGCUUUCCCUCACCUCCGGGAGCUCGGCCUCUGCAGCGUCGUCAUCGAGAGCCGCGACAUGGACUUCAUCCUCGCCAGGAGCCCCGUGCUCGAGAUCCUCUUCUUGCAAGGCCACAUGUGUCCCCCGCUGCAUCUCCGGCUCGUCAGCCACAGCCUCCGGUGCGUGCAGAUCCACUGGUCUCAUGUGGAGACCAUCGCCGUGGUGGAUGCGCCGUGCCUCGAGCGGCUCAUCCUGAGCGGAGAUUGGAGAAAGAAAGGCAAGGGCACCAGGAUCAAGCUUGCUCAUGCCCCAGUGCUGCGCUUAUUUGGGUACUUUGAGCCUGAAAAGCAUGCUCUACAUAUCGGCAAUACCACCAUCAAGGCUGGCACAUUGAUGAAUGCAAGUGCUAUGGUCCCAGCUACCAAGAUCCUGGCCUUGCAAGUUCGUUUUGGAGUCCGCAAUGAUGCCAAGAUGUUGCCCAGCUUCUUCAGAUGCUUCCCCAAUGUCGAGAGGCUGCAUAUUUAUUCUAAGAAAACUGAUGAACCCACUGGCAAGCUCAACCUCAAGUUCUGGCAGGAGGCAGGUGCCAUCGAGUGUGUUAGAUCACAUAUCAACCAGUUGAUAUUGCAUGAUUUCCGAGGGGAGAAGAAUGAGCUUGCCUUCCUUAAGUUCUUCAUUGAGAGUGCGCAGAUGCUGAAGAACCUGGUGAUUGUGUGUGCUAAAGGGUGUUUCAAUUCGAAGGCUGAGGUGAAUUCCAAACUGCAGACUCUGUUCGCUGGAAAGAAGGCCAGUAAAUGCUGUUUACCACUGGUUUAUGAGAGCGCGUUUCCUGAAGGAGGUUUCCCCUGGAACUUGCAAAGAGCAUCUGAUUUUUCUCGUGAUGACCCUUUUGGGUUCCUUGCACUAGUUUAAUUUCUCCGGAAUCGUUAUCUACACUGCAAGGCACUGUUUCUGGAUCGUCAGCCUUUUGCUUGUUUCCCCACUUUUGAAGGCUGGGCUGGGUUCUUGGUUCUACUAGCAGUCUUGCAUCAUUAGCUUCAUGUGUUGAAGUUGCACUAAUGCUUGUGCAAAUGACUAAUGCUACUUUAGACAGACGUUGUUUUCUGGAUUUCAGUUAUAUAAAUUAGCGUGUUUGUGUUUCAUGUGAUCUUUGUAGCAUGGCGGCCGGCUUACCAUGAUGAUAUAUAUCUCAGAUUCUGCUA